GCGACGGCUGACAUGUCGGCCGGCAUCGGUUCUGCUGCUACGGGAGCGCAAGUUGCCCCUCGCUUUAGAGUAGCGAUAUGUGGGGGCGGAUUAGGAGGCUUGACGCUGGCCGCUACCCUCGCGCGGCAUUGCUCCGACAUCCAAUGCGAUGUGUAUGAAGCGUCGUCGUGGAUCAGCACCGCGGGUGCGGGGAUCGGGACCUGGCAGCGGACCUGGCGCAUCCUGGAACGUUUGGGCUUGGACCAGGGUCUUGUGGAGAAGGCGUUUUCGCCUCCUAAACCAGGAAAGCACACGGCGCUAACGCUGCGUCGCUCGGACAUUUCGGACGGAGGGUUCAACUUCUACGAUCUCGUAGCACCAUACGGGAUGACACCGCUCCAUCGCGCAGACCUCUUCGACGCCCUUUUGCGAUCUUUACCCGAGACCUAUACCGUGCACACGUCCAAGCGCCUCAGUGCGUACAUCAUGUCGGAAGGCGAAGCAGGAUCCGUCACACUGCACUUUGCGGAUGGCUCGACGGCGACUGCGGACAUCCUCGUCGGUGCGGACGGCGUCAAGUCCAAGACCCGCGCCCAGAUGUAUGCCGAUCUUGAGAACGCCGCGUGCACAGAUGAGCACCUCGGACGCUAUCAAGAUCCCAAAUGGAGCGGCAUCAUUGCGUAUCGGAGCGUGUUCCCGACUGCAGAGUUGCUGGCGAGAUUCCGGGGCCACCCCGUCGCCUUUGGGGCUGUCACGCAUUGCGGGAAGGGUAAGAGUAUCAUGGCGUACCCCAUCGCGAGCGGCAAGAUGAUCAACGUCGUCGCGUACGUGUCCGACCCGUCAAAGGAGGGGAUGCCUUUCCCGCGAAAGUGGGAGACGCCGGCGACGUCGGAGGAGGUCCUCGCGGAAUACGAAGAUUGGGAGCCACAGGCGCUCGCGAUCAUCAAGUGCAUGACACAAACCUCGGCCUGGGCGAUUCACGUCGUUGACGCUUUACCUCAUUACGUUCACGGAUCCGUCGCUUUAUUGGGAGACGCGGCAAGGCAUUCUCUGAGAUACAUGUGCGCACAUGCAAGCACUCCCUACAUUGGCUCAGGUGUUGGGCAAGCCAUGGAGGAUGCCUACAUUCUUGGCCGGCUCCUCGCUCAUCCUGCCACCAACUACGGCAACCUAGCUGAAGCGCUGAGCGUCUACGAAGACGCCCGUCUUCCCGUCGCCAACGCUGUGGUGCAGCGGGCACGUCGCGCCGGCCGAUUGUACCAGUUCGACCUCGACGAAUGGUACGAUGGGCAGCGCGGCCCGGCGGAACGUAAGCAACUGGACGCCCUGAGUGACCAGGUCUAUCGUCAGUUUGAGUGGAUAUGGGGAGACGGCCCGGACGUCGCUUGGGAAGAGGCCAAGAAUGUCUGGGAAGCGCGAUCCUGUAGAUGAUGGAUGUCGUUAUGAGCCUAUGACCU